AUGUCUCGAACACCCGUUUCCACCAAGAAUGCGCCUGCCGUACCAGAGCAUCUGAUGAACCAGGCCAUCAUCGCCAAUGGCUUCGUCUUUACCUCCGGUGCGGUCGCCAUGGAUCCAAAGACCGGAAAGAUAAUUGACGGCGACAUUGAGGCGGACACGCGUCAAAUUAUUUCCAACCUCGGUGCCAUUCUCGACGAGGCUGGCUCAAGCCUUAAUGAUGUGGUUGAAGUCAACAUCUACCUUUCUGAUAUGAAGUACUACGCCAAGAUGAACGAGGUGUAUGCUGAGUACUGGGGUAAUCUCAAGCCUGCCAGAACUUGCGUUGCCGUUCAGGCUUUACCCAUGAACGCCAAGAUUGAGAUCAAGUGUGUUGGAGUUGUUACCAAGCCUAAGCUUUGA